GCUGCCGGUUACGCCAGCCCCGCCGCCGCCCGCUCUGAUUCUGCGCAUAGGCAGCCCCCAAGCCUGUCAUUCUGCAAAAACACAGUUUACUCAACACACCACACACACACUCACACACACACGCGCGCACACACGCGCACACUGGCCCCCUCGCGCACACGCACGGAGGGCGCGAGCGAGCAGACGCGCACACCCGGCGAGCCAAGUUCCGCAGCCUGGCAUGGCUUCUGGGGACCUUUACGAGGUCGAAAGGAUUGUAGACAAGAGGAAGAACAAGAAAGGGAAAUGGGAGUAUCUUAUCCGAUGGAAAGGCUACGGAAGCACGGAGGACACGUGGGAGCCAGAACACCAUCUGUUGCACUGUGAAGAGUUUAUUGACGAAUUCAACGGGUUGCACGUGUCCAAGGACAAAAGAAUCAAGUCAGGGAAGCAGACCAGCGCCUCCAAGCUCCUACGUGACGGCCGAGGCCCAUCAGUUGAGAAACUCUCUCACAGACCUUCAGAGUCUGGAAAGAGCAAAGGGACUUCCCAUAAACGGAAGCGAAUCAACCCUUCCCUGUCCAAGCCAAAAAAAGGAUAUUCAGGCAAGCCCCCUGCAGGAGGUGACAGGGCCACCAAGACGGUGUCUUACAGGACUACCCCCAGUGGUUUGCAGAUCAUGCCGCUGAAAAAGGCUCAGAAUGGUAUGGAGAAUGGGGACGCCGGCUCUGAGAAGGAUGAGAGGCACUUUGGAAACGGGUCCCACCAGCCUGGCUUGGAUUUGAAUGAUGUAGGAGAGCAAGACCUGACCGAAUGUGGUGUUAACCAUGGAGCACUGGCAGAGAACGGGCUCGGCUCUGCUCUGACCAACGGGGGAUUAAACCUGCACAGCCCCGUGAAGAGGAAGCUGGAAGCAGAGAAGGACUAUGUCUUUGACAAGAGGCUCAGGUACAGCGUCCGCCAGAAUGAAAGCAACUGUAGGUUUCGGGACAUUGUCGUGCGGAAGGAAGAGGGGUUCACACACAUCCUGCUGUCCAGCCAGACCUCGGACAACAACGCGCUGACCCCCGAGAUUAUGAAGGAGGUCCGGCGAGCGCUGUGCAACGCGGCCACGGACGACAGCAAACUGCUGCUUCUCAGUGCAGUGGGCAGCGUAUUCUGCAGUGGCCUAGAUUACUCCUACCUAAUUGGCCGGUUGUCCAGUGACCGGAGAAAGGAGAGUACCCGGAUUGCAGAAGCCAUCAGGGACUUUGUGAAAGCCUUUAUCCAGUUUAAGAAGCCUAUCGUGGUUGCGAUCAAUGGGCCUGCCCUGGGCCUGGGUGCCUCCAUCUUGCCCCUCUGCGACAUCGUGUGGGCCAGCGAGAAGGCCUGGUUUCAGACCCCCUAUGCCACCAUCCGCCUCACGCCCGCUGGCUGCUCCUCAUACACCUUCCCCCAGAUCCUGGGCGUCGCACUGGCCAACGAGAUGCUCUUCUGUGGGCGGAAGCUCACUGCCCAGGAGGCGUGCAGCAGGGGACUUGUGUCCCAGGUCUUCUGGCCAACCACAUUCAGCCAGGAGGUCAUGUUGCGGGUCAAGGAGAUGGCCUCCUGCAGCGCGGUGGUAUUGGAGGAGUCGAAAUGCCUUGUUCGGAGCUUCCUAAAGUCUGUGCUUGAAGAUGUGAACGAGAAAGAAUGCCUCAUGCUCAAGCAGCUCUGGAGCUCCUCCAAGGGCCUGGAUUCCCUGUUCAGCUACCUGCAGGACAAAAUUUACGAAGUCUGAAGAGCCCCAGCCCACCUGCUCCAGAGUUUGAGGGCACCUGACUUCCAGCUUUGCCCUGUGCUUCACACAUCAGAGCACGGUGUGCGCCGGCUAAGGAGUUUUGUCAAGGUGUCUCUCUUGUGUCCAUUUCCUCCUGUCCUUUGGUUGCUCUGCAUUGGUUUGAUUUUGUAUAACAGAUGGGAAACACAGCAUACUCGGUCUCCCCCCUGCCCCCCACCCCUGCCCCUCCACUGGCCAGAGAGCUAUUGAGGGCUAUAUCUUCCCAGGCCUCUGCCAGGUACCAUCAUCUUCUCCCCACUUGCUGAAAUGCACCAUCCCGGUCCAGGAAGGGGAAGACUAAUUCUCCCCAUCCUUCUGACUCAGGCUGUGUCUACACAGUGCCUCUGCUUUGGAGACUUGGCUGUAUGGCUCUCUUUGGUUAGGUGCGGAUCUGGUGACAGGGGACGGUCAAUCUUAGGCAAUUUCCAGACCGAUGAGCAAAAUGGUUGUGUAGAGCCAGCCUCAGUCUUCUCUCUGAUGCAAAUCUGUGUGACUUUUAGGGCUUGGUCUUAAAACCCAAUUGAGUGAUUUGCAAACCCAGAUAUUGUACGUUUAGGAAUGUUUUGUUAAAUAUAUAUUUUUAAAACGAUGUAAGUGGAAAUUCUGAUAAUUUAUGUGUAUUAUAUGUAAAGCUAGUUUUACAAAAACAUGAACUACUAGGAAAUUUUUUCUUUAAUCAAACUUAUUUAAUUUAUUUAUUUUUGUUUAUAUAUUAUGAUAUCUGUCGUUGUCGCAGAUAUUAUUUUCAUACUGCCCUGGACCAAAUCCCAUACAAGGUUCAUGCCGUUUGGUGCAUUCUAGCAAUGAACCACACAGAAAUAAAAGUCAGAGAGAUGUAAAUGGAAGGAUCCCUGUGGAUAAAAGGAAUAGCUCUGCACCAGAUCCUCUUCGGUAAAACAGUUUUCAGCUCUAAUAAUUGAAUACCUGUUCUUAGGAGAAAUUAUAGGAGUGUUUUCUCUUCACUCUGCUGCCUUGAAGGAGAUAAAAGGGCUUCUAGCCUGAAUGAUACUGAGACAUACCCAGCCCCUAAUUUGUGACGUCAGGAAGAGCUAAUAGGCCCUGCCUAGCCAUUGCAUAUUGUCUACAGUGAGCCUUUUUUCUCUGGGGCAAAUGACUGAACUUGGAUUUCAGAGUCCCAUUUCUUCGAUGUGGACAGCAUUAUCUGGUUUUGGCCUUCCAGGGGAAGUGGGGGAAGAGCUCCUGCUCUGUUGAGCUGUCGGUAGGUCUGAAUCAUUUUGUGUCUAGAAGCCCAAAUGAUCUAUCUUUUUUCUAGUUGUUUACUUACAUCAGGGAGAAAUAACCAGGGAUGAGGUCUCCUGUCCCAGGAUGGGGACCCCAACAUCUGAAUUUUGACCAUCAUCCCAAAGUCCGUGGAUCAGCUAGCUGCAGAGAAGGGGCAGGGGUUGGUUUGGGUUUGGGUUGGUGAGAGAGGUAGAUCUCAAGUUUGGAGCAGAGAAAUGACGUGUUCUACACAAGGCUUGACUGCUCUGUGGGUCAGUCAGAUUCUCAGAGUGGGGGAGUUUCCAUGUCCAUCAUGCCCCCUGAGUAUUCUCAGAGUCUCCUUUGCCUCCCUCAUCUUUUCUUUUUGUCUGUGGUCAGCAGCCUGCCUUGGCCCUUGCUGGAGACAGUGAGUGGAGCAGUGAGCUCUGUGCACGGUGCAGGGAGGAGAGGCAGGCUGAGAACAUGGAGGCCUGUUGCUAUAGUUUUCUGUCUCCCUUGUGUAUUAAGAACAGGUUGAGUGUCUACACUGUGGCCAGAGAUAUCUUCCUGUGAAGUUCAUCUGGACACCAUCCCUAAGAUGGCCUUGGCUCCCUCCUUACGAGUUCUCCCAUGAUCUUAGGAGGGAUCUCACCUUCUCCCUUCUUCUUGAGUCUAUGUCAUCUUGUCCCUGGAGCUGGCAGGGGACAGCCACCUUGGUUGAAUCCAGCCAGAGAAAGAUGGAAUUCAAGUCCAGUGUCCUCUGCUCGGUCCGUGUGGGAUCCUGCGGGAACUGAAGCUCUAGGUCGUUGGGGAUUACUGUAGGGAAACACUUGGCUUUUGCCCAGAUGCCUGCAAGUCCCAUUUCCACUUGAGUUUUGUCUCUUCCUUUGAGAAAGCAGAUGUAGGCUUUCCCGGAGCCCUGGACAGACCGUAUUCUUGUGUGUGGUAGCAGAUAAUCUCUUCACCACUGCUAAGUCCUCUAAAGAUAGAGCCCCGUGCCUUCUGUGUACUUUCUGGGGCAGACAGGUUUCCCAUCUACUUAUCUAUAGAAGCCAUAGAAGCAAUUGGGGAUGGCAAAGGAUGUUUGGAAGUUCAAUGUCUAUCUCUCUGUUCUCUGCUGAAAGGACCUAAAAUGUUUUAGCUUUGGAUCACAGGUCCAAACUUCUAAAUGUUGGAAGGAUCUCUGAUGAUAGGGUAAGAACGUGAAACCAUUACUAGGGUGGAAUUCCUGCUGUUAAUUUGUAGGUUCUGGGUAUAACAGGAAGUGUUUUAAAAGAUGGUCGUGUUUUGGUUGUUUCUAUCCAGUCCGCUCAAGGAGGAUGUUCCACAAAUGGGACAAAGGUCAGUUAAAUCUGCUUGCUGCAGGGUAGACUGCACUGCUGAGUUCUCCACUUUCUGAAUAGUUGUUUUGACAAUAUGGUGAUGAAGUCCAGGGAACUUCUAGCAAAGUGACCUGAGAUGGAACAUGCCAGACCUAUGGAUGUAUCAGGGUUUAUCCUCCAAGCUUUCUUAAGACAGGGGGCUCAGGUUUUCAGUUUUAUCUUUGGUCAUAACACCUUCUCUCUACCUGUCGGAUCCUUUCUCCCCUCUCUUUACCCUGCUUUCCCUCAAGCCCACCCUAUGUCUGUCCCUUCCCAAAGCCUAAGCAGGUCUUUGAGCAACUGCCCGAUCCUGACAGUCCACACCCAGACUUAACCUUGGGAUUGGAAGAACCACUGUGGGUGGGAAGUGAGGGUACUGCUUCAGUCAAGGAAACUUGUAGGUUACCCACCCUUUGCCACGCUGUGACCCAUGCUUUAGAAUUCCCCUUCCUCCUCCACUCCAGCCCCAGACGAUUAGCACACAGCAUCUUUUAAGUGGAGCCACUGGAGUUAGCAGUCCUGUUCCAAGAGGGCUUUGUGCAAACUUUGCCAAGGUGGUCAGAGCUCCUCACCAUUCGGAAACCACACACUAAUGCUGAUGUACCCACGUGUCCCUUCCUGCUUUUAAAUAAUAAUUUCUGUAGGCAGAAACCAUCAAGCUUACCCUCUAAGAAUGGAAUUGGGUAACUGAGAAGGUGGUAGAGAAUUGAUUUAAAAUGUUAGACUUGUUCAGUAUAGAUUAAACUAGGAAAUGUUCUCUCUGAACCAUAACAAUAUGUUUCUUCCGUAUGAAGUUUAGUAUUGAGGAUGAAAAAUAAUGAUCAAAAUGGACUCUGAUCAAUACAACUGUAGCUCCAAAUAUCCACACUAAAAAUAUAUAUUAAAAAAAAAGCCUUGACUGAAUGCUGAAUUGCAUUUCCCAUUAAUUGUUGGUUUAAAAGAUUUUGUAAACUUUUUUUAAUUUGAAAUUGAGUCACAUUCAUGCAAUUUUCCAAUCUAGUUUCUGUGGAAAUUUUUUAAAGAGAAACAGAAACAUCUUCAAAUCUUCCUAAGUGAAUAUUUAAAAUGCAGAAUUGCUUCUCUUCUGUGUUUCUGUAUUCAGACACUUAGAUCUGUUGUACAUAUUAGUUUAGACACUCUCACUAAUAUACACAGUAUUUAAGACUCUAAAUGAGAUUUCUUAAGUAUUUUAUUUUAUUCUCUGUAAAUGGUUUUGUAUAAUCUUUAAAAAUCUACACUUUGCCUUUGUAGAUAUUUAAGGGAAACCAUUUGGGGGUUGUCUUGCAUGUAUAUUUUUGUUGUAGAUAAGUGUUGCUCAGUUAUUUCUGCAAAUUUUGGUUGAAAUGCUUACAGACUUUAAUACAGUAUAUAUUUUCAGAAUAUAAACUUUUAUAUUUCUGUGGUAAGUUAGGAUAUGCGUUUUAGGCAAUCUUUUCCAUUAACAUCACUUGUUCUUUCAAAAAAUAACAUACUGGUUUGGUGCCAAUGGUUUUAUUUUAUUUUUUCAUUAGAAUCUACUGCUCUUCUAUUAUUGGAGAGCAGGUUAAUUUUCUUUUUCUCAGAGUAAUUGAGUUUGAAGUAUAAUUUGAAAAUGUAUUGAAUUUGUGGAUAAGCCUUACCAUUAGGAUCAGUAAAUUUUCCAACCUUUGCAACUACAUAUGUAGUUUAGGACCUCCCCAUAAAGUCUCACUGUGUGGCAGUUGAUGGAGUCUGUGAACAGAGCCUUAAGCUUGUUGCAAAAAAAAAAAAAAAGAAAAAAAGAAAAAAAAAAGAUAAAAAGGGUAAUACGGGUUGUUGUUUCUUCCAAGCAAUGUAAGCCAUAUUGAUAGACUCAAUGCAGUCUGUAAAUCAUGGCUAAUCUGAAGAGUUUGGUUGAGCUGAUGGCGGCAGGGGCCAGAGAGGCAGCUUGGUGAUUGUCUUUGGCCAUACGAAUGGACCAAGGACAGUUUUUCCGGAGCCACCUUUGUACUAUUCACAUGGUUUAGACAUGGUCACAGGGAGGGCUGCUGGUCCAUCAUUUGUUCUGUAUAAAUGGCAUUUCCUGCUCCUGACCUUGGUGGUUGACCCUAGGUCCCUUUUGGAUGACCUGGAACCAUCCAGCCUGGCUGAGGUCAGCACUCCUUGAGAGGUGUUAACAAAGUUUACAUGUGAGUCUUACUGUGUAGACAAUCUGAAGUCAAUUUCAGUUACGUAAUCAGCAUUCCCAUGUGUCCUGAGUGUCUUAUCAAUGAACUAUAUGUGUUAAGCCAUACUUAAACCUGAGUUUAGCAGGGCAAAGGCAAACUAGAUGAAGAACAUCACAUUAGCUGAGUCCGUUCACCCAGGGCUGUUUUAGUGGAGUAUAAGUCAUGGAGCUCAUUGGUGGUGCAUCCACUGUGUCUGGGAUUUAAUAAAACUACCUAGAAUUUGGACUUACAUUUUUAAAAAAUUGUGAUUCUUUUCAGUUGGCCACACUUCCCUAGCUGCCAACUGAUUCUCCUUACUAAGGCUUUAAAGAUGCCUGGAGAUGAGGGCUAUCAUCUGGCCAACGUCAAGUUAUCGAGUGCAUCUCUAGUAAGUGUUCUACCAACAGGAUGGAGAUUUGCCUCCAACGUUUGCAGUUUGUGAGGCAGUCCAAAGAACUGACAUCUGACCCGAAGCCUCAGCGCAGGUGUCUGUCUGGAUUGACCAUGCCUCACUGGCCCAGCACCUGACCUGAUGCUGGAGCUGGCUCAUUUAGGGGACUUCAGGAAGUCUGGAGGUUGUAGAGUGUUCCAUCUGGUACUAAAUUUGUCCCUGUGCCAUUAGUCCCAGCUGGAAGUCAUUUGCUGAUGUCCAUGUUGACAGGAUUGUGAAAAUAUUGCCUUUCAUAAAACCAAGGACCAAAGAAUUCCAUUAUUCCAACAAAGCACGUGUUUCAUAGACUAGGCACAUCCAGACAGAGGUGUGCAUGCUUUAUGGCACAGAAAAGCAGCUCACUUCCACCAACCUGGCUGGCUGUGCAGAGGGAUUUGUUUUCACCUUGAGAAGGCUCUGAAGAUGAGUUUCUCGGAUUGAAACUCGCUAUCUCAGGUGGGUGUUUCUGCUGUGCAGUCCCAGCCUUUAUCCAUAUCAUAAAAGAUGGAGGUCUGGCAUUCUUCCAGGUGAUCUGACCAGUGUAGACUGUUCUAUCUGAGUAGGGACCCCAGUGUGAGGUUUUUUUUUUAAAAAAAAUGUGUCUACACUGAGCAGCAUCCUGCAGUUGCUAAAUUUCCACCUGCUUUUGUUUUUCAUUGACCCAUUCCAAUUCCUGUUUGGCAUGAGAAGAAUUUCCCUCAAUUCUCACACCAAGGGAUGCUCCAUUUUUCAUUCAUGAUGAAGUCACCAAUCCAUUAACUGGUUGAGAAUUGAUUGAUGCUGAAGAAGUGGUAUUCUAGUGGUAAGGCUUAUUACCAAACUUCUGAUAAUGAAGCAGGCUACCAAAAACUUAUCCAGCCCACCCUAGGAGUGUUUGGAUUUGAUCGUGGGUGUCGCACACACACACCAAAAUCCAAGGAGACCUUUGCAAAUUAGGCUACUUGUUUUAUUUUGCCAGGUUAUCAUGGGAGAGUCUUUAACUAGUUCUGAAUAUUUGUAAGUAUGAGUACUUCAUAGAAUUAUAAAGCAGGUACAGCUGACCCUUUCUCACUGCGUUGUAAAUAUUUCCCGAGACUGGGUGCAGUACUGAGGGAUAAUAAUCUUCUGACUUAUCAAAUGCUGACUGUCUAGAGCAAAUUGUACACUCUCUUUGUGAAUGGUCCUGUAACGUGUAUGAACACAUUUCUGGGUGCCUUAGAAGUUGUAUUUUUCAUGUGUGCUAAUAUGCAGUAUUUAUACAUUGUGAGAAGCUGCUUUGAAUAAAAAGGUUGAAACUUC